AUGUCUGAGAAGGAUUCUGAUAAGGAGAGUUGCUCUGCUUUUGAAUUGCUGGAUUUCAAGAACGCUGUGAAGGAGUUUCAGGAACUAGUUGAAAAACUAGUAACCCAGAAGACAAAGGAGAAAUUAGGCUUGUAUAUUAAAGACAAUGAUGAGAUAGACUAUGAAAAGUUCUAUGCAGCCACACAGGCACUUUUUGGUGCAGAAGUGAAGGAUUAUAAUGUUAAGGCCUUUUUCUGGAAGAUUAGCAACAACCCUGAUGUAAGGAUAGAGUGGUGUGAGAUUUUUGGCUGUUUCUUAGGAGAAAGUGAUGGCAUGUUUCCCCAGCUGAAAGAAGAAAACAUGGUUUUUCUUCUACCCAAAAAAAAGCAGAUUACUCAUACAGUUGUGAAGAGAGAUGAUGCUAUUAAAGGUAUAGUGAAGGUGCCCAAUCUGGAUUUCAUAGUAACAUCCUCUCAGAAAGGAGUGCUAACUGUUUUUAACAAGCAGAUGAAGGUUCUGGCAAACACCUCUAUUGAAGAUACUGCUUGGAUCACUGGGUGUGAUUUCCUCCCUCAGCUGAAAUGUGUCGUGGCUGUAACUGAAAGGACAAUCAUCAUCUGGAACUAUAAAAGUCAGAAAUCAAAGAAUAUUUGCUUUGUCAUCAAGCCAAUGGAAAAUUGCCUGCUCUGUGUUUGCACGGUGACUAUGCCAAAGCAAGUGGCUAAGGAUACUAUCCUAAUGGGAGAUGAUAAGGGUUAUGUUUAUCUGCUUACUGUGACCAGCGAUCACUUGGCAUUAAAAAAAUGUAAAAGCAAAAAAGAAUCACAGCUUCAGGUCUUGGACUCCAAAACUUUUCACAUUGUUAAACGCAAGCUACAUGAUGACUGGGUUAUGAAAGUUCAGUAUAUUUCUGACCUAAAUUGUUUUGGAUCCUGCUCCUCAGACAGCAUUUGUUCAUUUGUUUUGGAUGACAUAAAGCGACUAGAGGACAACUUACCUGUAAAGGAAUUUUCUGUCCCUAAAGGAGUCAAUGCCUUCACGUACUGUAGAAAAGCAAAGCUCAUUGUCACUGGUGGUAAUGACAAAUUUCUUCGUUUGUGGCAUCCUGCUGUUAAUAGUAAGCCUUCUGGGAAACUAUCAGGGCACCUACAUAGCGUUGUGGAAAUCGUGACAAAUGAAAAAGAUCAACAUGUGAUCAGCCUAUCCUCUGCAAAGAUUUUUAGAGUGUGGGAUAUACAGACUCUUUCACUGCUGCAAGUCUUCCAUGAUAAUCAAGUCAAUCCUGAAGAGAUGGAGAACUCUGUCAUGGUAUUUGACAAUGAACAUGGUGUGCUUAUCUCUGGUUCAGAUGUUAUUGAUAUUUAUCCCCUAACUCAUAUGAUACAAGAUACAAAAUAUGUGCCAAGGACACAUGAGAAAAGCAUCAAUGUUCUAGUUUACAACAGGGCUUUUCACCAGAUUCUCACUAUCUGCUCUGAGUCAAUACUGAAGGUCUGGGACCUGGAAACAGGAUAUCAAGUAUAUCAGAUGGAAGAUGCACAUGGGCUGAAUACUGAAGUGACCUGUGCAGACAUUGAAAUACAUGGGUUUUAUUUCGCUACUGGAGCAUGUGAUGGAACAGUGAAAAUCUGGGUGUUUGAAAGUGGCCAGGAAGUUAAAGCCUUGCCUUUGGCCCAGUGCAGCAAAGAUGCAUGUCGUCUGCUGAAGAUAAUCUAUCUGAAGGCUAAUAAGAGUCAACACGCACUUCUUGUUUUGGAGCAGAGUGGGAAGAUGAAAAUCAUUCAGGGUAACUCAGUUGAAACAUACCUGUAUGUCACAUGGGUGCUUCCUGAGGCAGUGUCCUUUCCGCAAAAGAAUCCAGUUGUCUCUCUGUUACUGAAGCCCGACACCUUACAAACACAUGAAUUCUUCCCGGAUAUUCAGCUUCUGUCUGACACCAGUUCUCCAAAGGAUGAUACAGUGAAUUUUCUACCUUCUGUGGAAAUUAAGUGUUUUGCUGUUUUAAAAGUAGAAGGAUGCAGUUUGAUAGCUACGGGAAGUGCAAAUGGUGCAAUAAUUCUGUGGGAUUUUGAAUCUGCCACUGUGAGAUGCCUGUGUAAAAUUAAUGAAGACAGCCAGGCUCCAGUUCUUCAGGCAUCUGGAGUCAACGCCAUGUUAUUCCUUGUACAUAGUGCUUUCUCUUCCAGUUCCCUGCCCUCUACUACUGCUGCUGUAAGGAGUCAUAACGAUGCCAUUCCAGAGCACAAGAACAGUUCUUUGAGCCUACAAGAGGAAAAUGUAAAAAGUGAUGAAAUUAACACUGAAAUAACAACAGCAGAAGACACAACUAGUUGCAAGAGUAUCCAGUACGUAGAGUUUCCCAAAGCUGAAGCAGGAUACUCACCGAUACUGGCUUCUGCUCAUGAAAAUGGCUGUAUCUGCCUAUGGAGUAUUCAGGGAAACUUAGUGAAAGAACUUUUGCCAUUUUCAAAACAUCCUUCAGUUCCUCUUACAGCGCUAUGUACAGACAUCUCCACUAAAAAACUUCUGGCAGGCAGUAAGGAGGGACAUAUUAUGCGCUGGUGCAUUACCUCAUUCUUAGAAGAUCCACAAAACAAUAAAAAUCAAGUAAAGGAGGAAGCCUGCUGGAGGGCACACGCUACUGAAGUGGUUGACUUAUUUCAUGAAGAGGAGAAAAAUGUGGUAGUAACAGCAUCUAUUGAUGGUUCAGUCAGGCUCUGGAAUGCCAUGAAUGGAUACUAUCUUGGUUACUAUGGACAACCCAGGAAGUUUGAAUUAUCAGAUAUUAGUCGGUUGAUUUUGCCUUGUGAUGUUAAUACCUUUCCUAUUAUAAUUAAAGAAGAAAGCAAGUAUAUGGAAGACGAGGAGCUUGGAUAUCCUAUUGUGCUGGACAGGGAAAAGUGGAAGUCACUGACCAGAUCACCUUCAGAUUUAAAAGGUCCUAAACAUGUGAACACAAUUCAGGACUCAAAGUUUUUCAAAUCUCUGGCUUCUCCAAAGAUCUAUAAACAACCUUUGAAAUGUUUUGAGCCUGGAAACAGACUGGCUGGUGCAGUAUUUGGGCAUCUUCCUAUAUAUAAGAGAGCACGUUCACCCUCUAAGCCAGAAGACUACAUGCUGAGCUCAUAUUCAAUUCAUUAUCAGUCAUGA